UAUGAUCAAGAUAAUCAACAACAAGCACAGAUAAAGAAUCAACAAAAUCUCAAUAUGUUCAGUUCGGAUUAACCUAGCAAACUGGUAACUGUUGGGUUAACUCUAGCGGUUAACAAAAUGGUUCAUUGAAUAACUAAAUUGUCUAAUUCAAAUGAAACAAUGAUAACAUCAGUUUUAACAACAACGUAAAAUGAUUAAAUGAUAUACAAACGAUAAAUCCUGGGUAAAGAUGAUGUUUGUUGUUUAUAAUGAUGACAGAGAGCAAGUUGAAGUUAAACCGGAAAAAAGGUAUUUCAUUUUAAUCUUGAUAUAUUUAAAUUUCAUCCUUAAAUAGUUGAGAUAAUUGUUCUGAAAAUUGGGAGAGAGGUAAUCAUGAACCAAGAGACAUCUAGUUAAUCAUCUUUCAUUUUCUCCCCUUUGGUACCACUUUUCAUCAGCAAACUAUCAAUUAGUUGUCAACAAAUGGUUGAACCUUAUUUUGAUUUUAGACUCAUCAUAAUCAAAAUAACACCAACUUCGAGUUGUUUCAGUUUCGAUACUUCUGUUGGAUCCAAAAGUUGACUAAAUUUAGUUUGUUGAUGUAGAUUGGUGAACAAGUUGACUAUUUGCUUCUAAUUUUUGUUGUGCCUUUUUUUCAUCGCAACUGCAAAUCAUUAAAAGAUGAACAUAAUAUUUAAUCUUCACUGUUCAAUUUUUUUGACACUUUCUGUGUUUGCCAAUGCUGGUGAUUAUAAAUUAAAUCGAGCUUCGGAACAAUCAGCAAUACCAAUCAACAGUGAACUAAACAAUAAUCACCUCAAAGGACGAUACGUUUCCAAUGUAGGCUCAUAUCGGUUUACACCUGAUGAUGUUGCGGUUAAAGCUUAUCGUAACUUGUAUUACAAAAACCAUCAAGCAAUCAACAGGAUUAAGCCAAGUGUAAUGGUACCUUUGGUGAAAGGAAAUCGUAAUCUACGAAAUGGUGUCAGCAAUCUUCUCCUUACGGCACCAAGCUCUAGUGUAUCAACUAAAAUGUCCCCCUCAGCAAGCACCACAAGUACUUCAUCGCUACCUCCAACGUCUUCUCAUUUAUCCUCAACAUCAGUCAUUUUAACAUCAACCGAAAAACCAACCAUCGACCAAAUUGUUGAUCCGUUGAUUCCAAUUGAAGGCCGGUCUGUAGAUCAAAUUACUUCAAGAGUAAAAGCACCAGCAAAACACCCUGAAUCAUUUCAAGAUUUGAUGAGCAAUGUGACCAUAUUUCCGUCUGGUGAUAAAAUAAUGAAAGACAUUUAUAAUGAUAAUGUAUUUAACAAUCAAGAGCGACAGGAACAAUUGAAGCAAAUGUCAAAAUGGAUGAGCUCAAGUCCAUCAACUGAUACAAGAUCGGGUCCAAUGUAUUCAUUGACAGGCAGAAAUCACAAUUUACACUCAAAUUUGUUGAACGACUCACUGCCUAUUGAAAAGAUAACAAUUAUCCCGAAACCAUCCAAUAAUACAUCGGAUAUUAACAACAAAGGAAGACGUUCAAAGAAUAACAAAACAAGUAAUCAACACGAAACCAUCAAUAAACCAGAGGCCUUAGUAUUGUCACCAUCUCCGUCACUGAAACCAUCUUCAGGAUCGUCCACAGGAUCACCUUUACCAACCGCAGCAGCUUCGACUUCGAGCAAGUCAGAUAAUAAUGUUUUAGCGUCAGAAGAUGAUGAGGCAGCUUUAAUGGAUGACGAAGAUGGACCUCAGUCAGGCUCUGAGUCAGCAGGAACCUUGAAAACACCACCCUGUGGUAAAAAUGGAAGGCAUUAUUGUAUCUUCCGGGAAGAUUAUCCAACUAAAGUUGUCACUGAGGUCGCCCGUUAUUAUAAAUGGCCAUUAGAAAAGCUGUUCCGUGACUUGCGAAACCAAGUGAUGCCUAAACUGGCAAAUGACAAUUAUGGUGGUUUAGUAUGUGACUCAAUAACAAGAGUUGUGAGACCAGGUUGGGCGCGUAAUACAAACAACCGUUGGCUUGUUGUUAUUAAUACUGAUGCGUACCAACAAUAUGUUACCGAAGUGUUAUGUCGCCAUGGAUCAGGCUCUUAUUGUAAUUUUAUUCCCCCCUGUUACCAUGCUACCUGCCGUCAGCGAUACAAUACUCAAAAACUUCUAGUCAUUGAUCCAUGGAAUCCUUACAAAGGUCCCUUUUUAUCUGAAUUUUUAUUCCCUUCAUGUUGUAUUUGCCAUGUGUCUGAUGAAAGCCUUUCACCACCUCGUAAAGGUGUCUCAGUAAGACCCGAUGGAAGAACUAAAUCUGACCUGUCUGGUCCACAUCGUUCCGGAAUCGUUCAAGAUUCGUCUACAGAAAAAAAUGAACUGUAAUUUUUCAUCCACUUAUUCUGAUGCAUUGCUUUCUUGAUACAAGACAGAUUGUCCCUCCGAUCAUGCUUUCAAUUAUAAAUCUGAUAAUCAUUUUGAGCAUAAAACUGAGAUCAAAUUAAUUUAUUUUGUAACCUUAUCAAUCAUUUUAGAUCUCAAUAAACUUGGCGUUCUUUUCUUUUCCUUCUAAUAAAAGUCAUAAUUU